GAGAAAGUAACUGGGGGCAGUGGGUUGGAGGGUAUGAAAUUGAGUGGAGGGACGAAAACUAAGAGCCCUCUGGGUUUUUUAUAUCCUUCUACAUGUUGUGUAGAAAUAAAUGCUUUUACUUCCACGGUCGUACCUUCCUCUUCACCUUUUUUUUUUUUUCUUUCUCACACAUUCAUCCUGUGAGAUCUUUCCAUUUACAAAUGCUCCCGAUUUAGAAUUAGAAACUCAUAAUACCGUCUGUAAAACUUGCCUGAGCCUGUCUGGUCCUGAAUUUAGCGACACACUUGUUUAGGAGUUUCGGUUCUCGUUCUCUGCUUGCAUGGUUUAGUAAGAACAACACUUCGCUAUACUGAAAUUCACCGACCAGACCCGCAGGGCUGCACAGAAAUCUCUGAUGCUUUUGGUACCCCCAGCCCCGCAGCCGCGCAGGCGCACCGCCCAGCCGCCGUGACGCAAGGCGCAGGCUUCAUGACGCAGCACGCAGUCUCAGCCGACACUGCGCGCCCCUUCUGGGGCCCCGCCCAGGCAGCGGCCUUAGCGGGUCGCCGACCCAAGAUCCCCGCUGCGGCUGCUUGCUUGCCGGAGUGUGCACCGGUACCCGUCGCCGGUGACAUGUUGCAAAAACCGAGGAACCGGGGUCGCUCUGGCGGCCGGGCCGAGAGGGACAGCGACUGGAGCCGUGGCGGAAACUCCGGGGCCUCGCGGGCGGGCGAAGACGCCCGGGCCCCCAGAGACCGCUUAGCGGAGGAGGCCCCGAGCACUUCCCGGGGGCCGGGCGGCUCGCAGUGGUCGCAGGGCCCCUCGUCGCAGGGCGCCCGCCGGUCCCAGGCCGCCCCCGCCGUGGGCCCCAGGACCCAGAAGCAGCAGGAGCUGAAAGUGUCCGAGCUGGUGCAGUUCUUGCUGAUUAAGGACCAGAAGAAGAUUCCCAUCAAGCGGGCCGACAUACUGAAGCACGUCAUCGGGGACUACAAGGACAUCUUCCCCGACCUCCUCAAACGGGCCGCCGAGCGCCUCCAGUACGUCUUCGGGUAUAAGCUGGUGGAACUUGAACCCAAGAGCAACACUUACAUCCUCAUCAACACCCUGGAGCCGGUGGAGGAGGAUGCCGAGGUGAGGGGUGACCAAGGCACGCCCACUACGGGCCUCCUGAUGAUCGUCCUGGGGCUCAUCUUUAUGAAGGGCAACACCGUCAAGGAGACUGAAGUCUGGGACUUUCUGCGACGCUUAGGGGUCUACCCCACCAAGAAGCAUUUCAUUUUCGGAGAUCCAAAGAAACUCAUUACUGAGGACUUUGUGCGACAACGUUACCUGGAAUACCGGCGGAUACCCCACACCGACCCCGUGGACUACGAGUUCCAGUGGGGCCCGCGAACCAACCUGGAAACCAGCAAGAUGAAAGUUCUUAAGUUUGUGGCCAAAGUCCAUAAUCAAGACCCCAAGGACUGGCCAGCGCAGUACUGUGAGGCGUUGGCAGAUGAGGAGAACAGGGCCAGACCUCAGCCCAGUGGCUCAGCCCCAUCCUCUUGAAAUCUGAGGUGGAUUCAGAGGGACCCCCGGGACAAGGGUCUGAGACCCAAAGGCACAGUGCAGAGGAGCGGGGGAAGGGAGAACGAACCCAGGAAGCGUAUUUCUGUAGCGUUUCAAUGUGUGUAGCUUUAGGAUGUGUUUGCAAAGUUUUGUUCUUUUAAUGUUGUGUUAUUUGGUUCCAGAUUUUCAUCUAUAAACAAAGGAGCAUUUGUUUUGCUUUGAUUUUACUUUUUUUGGUAUAAAAACUUUUCCUAGCUUAGUAAAACGAAUUGGAAAACUUGACUAUGAUCUGAAACAGAUAUGCCAGAAGGAACACAUAAGUAAGUUGCUUUGGUGCCAAGAAAAUAAAAAAGUAGCUAUUAUCGGGUCUCUUAAGCAUCCCAGUUUGUAAGGAAAAAUAAAAGUCUUUAUAAAAUUAAAAAUAAAAACGUAAUUGCCUAUAUCCUUAUUACCUUAACCUAUUUUAUUUUUUCUAUAUUUCCUGCAUAUAUAAGUAUUAUUCAUGGUUCCAAGCAAUGAACGUGGUGUAUUUUCUCCAAAUAGCAAUUGUUUAUAUUCAUAAUUACUCAGCUCUGUUGCUAAACAUGCAGUUCCACUUAGUUUUUUUUUACAUGCUACUCUAGUUAUUACAAUAAAUACUGUAUUUUUGAAGCACU